UUGUGGCUGAGUUGAAACUUCCGGUUAGCAGCUGAAUUUCAUGGCAGUGCUGCUGGUGUGUAGAGGGACAGUAUCCUUCUGGUUCCCAUUACAAUGAUCAAGUCUGCCGUGCUGCUGCCUGCUGUGGUUCUCUCGACACUCCAGCAAACUGUGGAUCCUGCCUGUUCGACCAGAACCUCUGCGCCUCUGCCAGUGCUGAUGACUGUGAAGUAACUAUGCAUGUUCCCUGGGGGAUUUUGGCUCUAAUUUCCACCUGGUGACAGGUACUUGGGCAUUUAAUUUCUGUCACCAUCUGGCUAUUCCAGUCCCUUAAAACCCUUUGAUACAGUCAGCCAUGCUGGAUGCAGCUGAAUAACGAGUAGCAUUGGGGGGGAAAAACUCCAGUUUUUCUUAACUCCCAUCAAAGGACUGCCAUGUUUGUCUUAGAAUGAGAAACUGAGCAGAGAAGAAGUGAAAAUAAAGUAAGACUGAAAGGGCCAAAGUGCUUGUGUUGGUGACAGAAAAGAAGAGCCAUCCUAUCAGUAGGUUGGCAGUACCUGAGGCAGCUAGGCCCUGAGGAUGACCAGCCUGUUCAGGCGCAGCAGCAGCAAUGGAGGUUCCAGAAGCAGCGGAAGUGGUGGUGGGGGUGGCAGUGGACAGGGGCAGCUCAACAACAGCAGGCCCAACAGGCAGGUCCGCCGCCUGGAGUUCAACCAGGCUAUGGAGGACUUCAAGACCAUGUUCCCCUCUAUGGACUAUGAAGUAAUUGAGUGUGUGCUGCGCUCCAACAACGGAGCUGUGGACGCCACCAUCGACCAACUGCUCCAGAUGAGCAUUGAUGGACAGGGCUCAGAUGACAGCUCGGACUCAGAUGACAGCAUCCCACCGGAGAUUCUAGAGCGGACACUCGAACCUGAUAGUUCAGAUGAGGAACCGCCUCCAGUCUACUCUCCGCCAACAUAUGAUAUGCACAUUUAUGACAGGAAAUACCCAGAAGCCCCACCAACACCCCCACCAAGAUUUGAAGCCCAGCCACCUCCGGGUCACCAGCAGGUCAGAAGCUACCGGAACUGGAACCCUCCUUUGCUUGGAAAUCUCCCAGAUGAUUUUCUGCGGAUCCUCCCACAGCAGUUAGAUAGUAUUAAGAGCUCUCAGAGCAGUCUGUCACAGCCUUCAUCGUCAUCCUCUUCCUCAGUCUCUUCAAUAAGCCACUGGACAGCCCAGUCAGGUUCACAGUCUGGAGCUGCGGGGACCACUGGAGGUCCAGGUCUGACGACAGCAGCUACAGAGCAAGACAAAAAACUGAAGCAGUAUCUUGAAGAUGAACGCAUUGCUCUGUUCCUACAAAACGAGGAGUUCAUGAGAGAACUGCAGCGAAACCGGGAGUUCCUCAUCGCCUUAGAGAGAGAUCGCUUGAAGUAUGAAUCAAAGAAAUCAAAGUCCAAUCAUUCAUCUAGCAUGGAGAAUUCCACAGGAGAACAGUACUCUGCAGCUUCAAUGGAGGCUGCCUCAGAUGAUGCCCUGUUCAGAGACAAACUCAAACACAUGGGAAAAUCAACAAGAAAGAAGCUGUUUGAAAUUGCCAGAACGUUCUCAGAAAAGACAAAGAGGAGAAAGUCAAAAAGGAGGAUGCUCCUGAAGCACCAAUCACUGGGCACAGCCAACUCUACAGCCAAUCUCCUUGAUGAUGUAGAAGGAAACCCCUGUGAGGAAGAUGGUCAACCUGGAAGAGCAGUCACUCAGGAAGAGAAUGAACAACGCAAUGAGCCAGUAUCAUGAUCCUCCCAUGCUGCACCAUUUCAGGGUUACCAUGGUGACGGCAGCAUGACCCAUGGGUGGUGCUUGCAGCUCUUCUUGUCCCCACCUGCUCAACGCACCCUAACACAAACCAGCCAAUGUGAGGCUCAGCAGUGAGUUGAGACCCCCCUCCUUCCCAGGGAGAGGAACUGGACUGUUCCCAGCAUUGGGCUAACUGUCUAUAAAUGCAUUAUCUCUGUAUUAUAACACUUUGUUGAUAUAUAAUUUUAAAUGUAAAGGAAAAUGCAUUAGUCCUUACCAGUAUUUCUUAAUUGCUUCCUUGAGACCUCCACUGAGAGGAACACUAGCUGUAGUGAUGAACUUGCCAUAUGAACCUUUGUUACUUUUCCAGUCCUGUACAGUAGCAAACUGUAUGUUUCUGAUUAGGGUCCCUCAGGCUGGGCAUUUCAAAUCCAAAGUGUGCACAUGCCCCUUUAUAUACACUAAACCAUGUAGAGCUUUUUUACCAUGUUUUCUUAAUCAGAUUGUAAUAUUUUGCAGUUUCUGAAUGUCAGGGGUUAUGUAACUGAAAUACUUAUGUGUCAGAAUAUUGUGGCCAUUAAAGUUGGGGAUCCCCCACAUGUCAACACUUCUCCAUAUUAUAACCAUUAUAACCAGUCCAUCACAGUUAGUGGACUGUGUUUGUACAAAGCAUGCCUGGAGCGGUUUAAUCCAAUGCUGCAGAGUUUGGACCAGUUUAUUAGUUUGGUUUGUUUGGCAAGAUAAAAACAAUAUCAUUUAAUCCAUUGUAGCUCUACUAGCAGCACAACUGCACAGGUGAACGGCGUGAUUAGCCACAGAAAAUCAAGCCAAGAUGACACACAGAUAUCUAGAUAACUUUAAAGCUAGGGUUAACACACAGUGUAGUUGAUACAAAGUGAUGUCAGCUCCUCUGAAUGGCCACACUCAAAAUCUCUCCCAAUGAAAGUGACAUUGUUCUGCAAUUCAGCAAGCGUUUUAUAUGAAGCAUAUUGAUGGAUCCCUUGAGAGAAGGAAGGUCAGUUUUCUUUUCUACAUAAUCACAUGGCUGCAUUGUACCUGCAGACUUGUAGACAGAUCAAAUCAAUCAAUUGCCUCUCUACACAAUAAUGUUACUUUGUUUUAAAUAAAAAUGUUAAAAAUGUAGAUUACCCAUCUACAGCAUGUUGAUUUUCAUAAUAUAGUGAAAUGACUAAAAAACAGCUGCUGCAGAAGGUAGGAAAAACAUUGCAAAAAUCUAAAAACAAGGGAGACUCACCAUUGCAAGGACAGAGAGUUUGAUUCUCAGUGGCAGCACCUCUGGUUUUUGGUUGUACAGUCCAACAAACACAAUUCACCGUGUUCAUAUGGUGAGAAGCCAGUGAGGGCUCUAAGCCAUGUCACUGCACAAGUGACUCCUGCUGGUUGUUUAGGGCACUUGCAGUGAGGGGAGCGGAAGUGAGCCUCUGCCUGUCACUGGCAGGUUAGAAGAAGCAGGUGGAGACACCAUGUGUCACAGAGGUAGCACAUGUCUGUCUGCAGCCCUCCCCAGGAUAGCAGUACUGUUAGCAGUGACAAGGUGCAUAGUGGGGCACUCCAUAUUAGGUAAAAUAGUGGGGCACUCCAUAUUAGGUAAAAUAGUGGGGCACUCCAUAUUAGGUAAAACUGUCUGAGCAAAAUCCACAAUACAAGUUGGAAGUAUUACAGUAUGCUGGGGAAUCAUUUAGUUUUACUGAAAAGAAGAAACAUGAAUGACAUUCUGAUUCAAAAUAAAAGUAUUGCAUCAUAAAUUUGGUACACUUAAGAAUAAAUGUUGACAAAUGAGCUUCUGCAAGAUGUCAACUUCUGCCUACCCAUAAGCCCUUGCGCUUUUAAGUUAAUUUUCCAUAGUUGGUUGGUUCUGCAUUUUUGGAGAAUUACUGAAAUAUUUUUGUUCACAAAAACAUUGUUCUCACCUUGCCUAAUGAACCAAACUGAGUCUGAAACCACUGCUCUAAACCUGCUUGCUGUGAGCUUCAUUCACUGCUCCAUUAAUGCAAAACUUUGCUAAUAUUCUGCAAGAUUUCUAGAACUCUUGCUGUAAGAAGACAUUUUUGCAAGAUAUUCUGGAAAUAAGGUAUAUCAUUCACACUACUUUGCCAUAUCUCAGAUUGUCCUUCUAGUCUUUGAACAAAUCACAUCUUUGUUGAGGUCAUCUCCUUUGAGUGAUGGGGAACACAUUUCUAACAUGUAUGUUCUUACUGUGAACAAUGGCAGCGUGAUUUGACGUGAGAGAACUGAUGGCUUCCACAUGAUGAUGGAUAUGUCUCUUAGGGCUGGGGAGAGUGCAUCUGAAAUGUGAUUGGAUGAUCAUCCUGUGAAGACUCAUUCUGAUAGGAUGCUGUUAAACUAGAUUUGAAGUUGGUUAAAAUUAAAACAAAAAAUGCCUGUGAGGUUCUCAUCUACCCUUUGGUACAUUUGAGUACGCAACCCUCCUCACAAUACUCCUCUUUUCAUUUGUGUGUGUAGACGUGAAACUAGCAUGGAUUAAAGAAGUAGUAAAAGUUUGAUGUAA